AGCAAGAAGAAUGAUGAGAGAAGCUGUUUAUAUGGCUGGUCUGACUUCUGAUGGUCCUGGUAUAACAAAGUUCACUCCAGUUGGUUCACCUGCUUUACCACGUCCAGAGGAAGUUAAUCCUGAGAAGCUAUCAUUGGCUCUAGAACCAGAAGUAGCUGCUAUAUAUGCACAGCAUCAGUCAGAAGUAUCAGGAACACCUCCACAGAGAUAUAUGGUAGUUGAUAUAGGAGGAGGUACAGUUGAUAUUACUGUACAUGAUAAGAGUAAUGGGAAAGUUAGUGUAGUACUACCACCAAUGGGAAACACCUGUGGAGGAACAACAAUCAACGAGGCAUUGUCAAUGUUACUGGGAAAAGCAGUAGGUGAUGGAGACUUCCAAUCUUUUAUAGAAUCCAACCCCAUCAGCGCCAGAGCUACGCUAAACAAGUUUUUUUAUGAAGAGUUUGAAGAGCGAAAAAAAAGGUUUGGAGAUGCAAUAGAGUGUACCAAUGAAAUAGCAUUAUCAUUACCAAGAACUUUUAUGAAGCACUAUGGUAGUGGUAAGCUACAUGAAGCAAGCAAGCUGAACAUGUGCUAUGAUCCAGGAGAUGAUUCCUUAAGCAUAGGAUACGAUUUACUAGAAGAGAAGAUAUUCAAAUCCACAGUUGAUAAGAUCAUAGAGUGCGUGAGAGCAGCAUUUGAUGAGCUAACAGAUCAUAUUGAUACAGUGUAUCUAGUAGGAGGAUUUGGAGGGUGUAAAUUUGUUAGACAAAAGAUAGAAGAAGCCAUUGCUCAGCAUUGCGGUAUACUUUUUGAUAAUAUAGUGUGUCCUAAACAACCAGAUCUUGCUGUUGUAUCAGGGGCAGUAAUGUGGAGGAAAGAUCCUACCAUAAUCCAAUCACGUGUAGCUGAUGCUACUUAUGGGAUAGAAUGUGGGCCUGUAUUUGACCCAUCAAGACAUGAUGAAUAUUACAAGUUCCUGGAUGUAGAAGAUGGUGUACAAUGUUGUCGCAAUGUCUUUGAGGUAUUUGUGCUUAAAGGAGAAGUAAUAAAGAAUGAAGUAUAUAAAACCACAAUUAUACCUCUUUAUCAAAAUACAACAAAAGAAUGUAUUCCUAUCUACUCCACAGCAGAUGAUAGUGUUUCGUAUACAAGAGAUAAAGAAGACAAACUAAUUGUACGUGAGAUUGGUGAGUUAAUUCUUGAAAUUCCUAAUCCUGAUAAUAUACCAAGAAAUAAGAGACAAAUUGAUGUGUUUAUGGAUUUCAGUGGUACAGAGAUACAAGCAAGAGCUCAGUAUAGCCUUACUGGAAAAGAAGUAAAAACAGUUUGUGACUUUUUAACAAACCAAAACUAGAACACAUUAAAGUAUGAAAUUUAGUUAGCUAGGACUAUUUUCUUAAAUACACAAAUUAGUUUUUUGUUCUUUGUAUAACAAUUUCACAAUCAAAA